AUGCGAUUUGAAUCCAAAUCCUACAGCACGAAAGGUUCAAACCCCGGUCACCAGAGAUUUUGUGAGACAUGCCAACCCACGUGUCCUUCGCUCUUCGCGAGUAGUUGUCCCCAUCACCACUCGUACUUGUAUGCCGGCGGCCCAAGAGCACGGGAAAAGUCGAUUGCGCAGCUUUGUCAGAACACAGGCUCAAAAUUGCAUCAAAAAUGUGCACACGUAACGUACUGCGUGUGA